AUGGCUACGGAAAGUGGGAAUUCUGACGGUUCUCCUCAUCCGAAUGUGGUUGGGAUUGCAUUUGCUCAACAAUACUACAGAAUUCUGAAUUCGUCACCAGAAUGUGUCCACAAGUUCUAUCAUGAUGAAAGUACUCUUGGUCGACCAGAUUCUGAUGGUACAUUGACAACUGUAACAACUACAGAUGCUAUCAAUGAAUACUUCUUAUCUACAGAACUGAAGGACUGUUUGAUAGAGUUGGAGAACAUAGAUACUCAGCCAUCCCUGGCGGGUGGUGUGUUCAUUGUGGUUACUGGAUUUUUUACAAUGCCUGAUACUGUGAAGCAUAGAUUUACUCAGUCAUUCUUCCUUGCUCCACAAGAAACUGGAGGCUAUUAUGUUUUGAAUGACGUGCUUCGAUAUGUGCGGGAGAUGCCAUCCCCUGAGACAAAUGAAGCUUUUGUUGACCAUUCUAAUGGAAACACUCAGAUUGCCCCCUUUCCAGCUGAGCCAGAAACAUCUAUCAAGGAGAGCUUGGACCCAGAGCUUCCGUCUGCAGAGAGUGUUCCUGUCAACUGUGAAGUCAUAAAUCCAUCUGCAGAGACUACUUAUGUGGAUGUUGAAGUCAUAAAUCCAUCUUCAGAGAAUAUUGCUGUGAAUGAUGAAGUCAUGGAUCCAUCUGUAGAGAGUAUUUCUGUCAACGACAAAGUCAAAACUUCAGUUGGAAAUCAAAAUUCUCAGAUUAAGAAUGGUAUUACUAAGAUACCUGAGGCAGCCCCUGCUCCUCCUGCUUCAGCUCAUAAGGAUGUUAUCAAGAAGUCUUAUGCGUCGAUUGUCAAGACCAAGAAUGAGAGCACACAGCCUGCACCAGUUACCAAGUCCAUACCUAGACCAAAACCUACAACAAAGAGAGCUGAAAAUGUAGAAAAUUCUUCAUCUGUUCCUGCAAAAACUACCCAUGCAGCUGAUACCGCGCCUCCAAAUGACAGAAAUAUUUUUGAUGACCAAGGGUAUUCAAUCUUUGUGAAGAACUUGCCUUUGGAUGCAACUGUUGAAAUUGUUGAGGCUGAGUUCAGCAAGUUUGGUGCUAUCAAGCCUUGCGGUAUCCAAGUUAUACACCGUGAGUCUGAGGGGUUCAGCUUUGGCUUCGUUGAAUUUGAGUCUCAACAAUCCAUGUAUGCUGCAAUUGAGGCAGCGAAAAUUCGCUUUGGCUCGUACGUGUCUGUUGUUCAGGAGAAACGAACCCCAAGACGAGUUAUUAAUUAUGCCACCCAUAGCAACAACAAUGACAAUCCUCGGGACAGUCGGGUCCUGCCAGGCAGAGGACUUUUUGUGAACAAUGGCAGCAACCGUGAUGGCGACAACUUCAAGGGACAGGGAGCAGGUUUUGUGAACAAUGGCAACAACCGUGAUGGCGACAACUUCAGCAUGAGGAAUGAAUCCAGAAAUCAGAAUGAGUACCCGGGCCGUGGUCGAGGAUUGCAGGGUAACGAUUACCGUCAGAACGGGAAUGACUACCGUCAGAACAGGAACGGAUACAGUCCGAACAGGGGUGGCUACAACCAGAACAGGGACGGUGGCUACAACCAGAACAGAGAAGGCGGCUACAACCAGAACAGGGAAGGCGGCUACAACCAGAACAGGGAAGGUGGCCAGAACAGGGAAGGCGGCUACAACCAGAACAGGGAAGGCGGCUACAACCAGAACAGGGACGGUGGCUACAACCAGAACAGGGACAGCUACCGCCAGAACGGGGCUGGCUACCGUCAGAAUGGGAACGGAUACCAUCAGGCACGACCAUUCUACAAUGACAAUGGGAAUGGGAGGUCUGGCCGCUUCAAUGGUACCAAGCAAAUACCUGUUGCUGCAUAG